AUGGACUGCAACAAGCUCUUCGAAAAUUUUGAAAAUAUCGAUGAACCGCUUGAAUGCGAGCGUAUCGGCGCUUCUCCACCAGCUUGGCUUACAGGCCAAUUGCUAAGAAACGGACCUGGGAAAUUCAAAUACGGAGAUACCGAAGUGAAGCACUGGUUUGAUGGAAUGGCCUAUAUGCAACGUUUUCAGCUAAAGGAUGGAAAGCUUUUCUAUUCGGCAAAAUUCCUGGAAUCUGAGGCUUAUAAAAUGUGCGAGCAAGCGAAUCGUUUAUGCGUUUCGUCAUUUGGUACGGUCCGGUUUCCUGAUCCAUGCAAAGGACUCUAUGGCCGCUUUCAAUCCAUGUUUAUUAAAGAAGAUGGAUGGGAUAAUUGUGUGGUGAAUUUUGUUCAGCUCUCGGAUGCUGUCUACGCACUAACUGAAACCCCAAAAGUCGUCAAAAUCGAUCCGGAUACACUUGGCACAAAAGCUGGGGAGGAUCUCCAAAAGGUGCUGUCAAUCAAUUCUUGUACGGCACACCCUCAAACUGAUCUGGCUGGAAAUGUGUACAACUCGGGGCAUUUGUUUGGAAAGCAAUACGUAUUCACCGAAACUAAGGGAGAUAAAAGCGAUUUUUCCGAGACAAUCCUCUAUGCCUCGGUGCCAUAUGAGGAUCGUUGGAACCCGGCAUACCAUCAUUCGUUUGGCAUGUCACCGAAUUACAUCGUGCUCUUCGAGACACCGCUUCGUAUAUCGCUGAUGAAACUGAUGGCGAGAAAUAUUUUGUCUUACUCGUUCAAAGACACACUACACUGGAAAGAGGGCACAAACACGAACGUCAUUGUUGUCGAUCGGAAGACUGGAAGUAGACACACCAUACGAUACACGGCUCCUCCAUUCUUCACUUUCCAUCAUGCAAAUACCUAUGAAGAGGAUGGCUUUAUUUACGUCGAUUUUUGCCACAUGGAAAAUCCAGGGACUUUUGAUGAUUUGUUAAUGGAUCACAUGCGAGAUGGCAGUUUUACAAAGAAUCCAAAAAUGCGCCCCUAUCUCCACCGUAUGGUAUUGCCGAUUAAAAUACCGACAGCUGCAGAACCCGGCAGCGACUUGGCUACGUCAGCACCCCAUGGUCGUGGAGCCAAGGCCAUCCUCCAGCCGGAUGGCUCCAUCUAUUGCGAAUCGGCCAGAAUUUGCGAGCAUUCUUUCGAGUUCCCGCGGUUUAAUUGGGAUGCAAACAACAUGAAGCCUUAUCAAUUUGUUUACGGAUCGACUUUGUUAUUUGAUGAGGAGAAGGAAAAUUUGGCCGGGAUUGUGAAAGUGGAUCUCCAUACUGGUGCCACCCUUCUCUGGCAUCGUGAUAAUGAGUUCCAACUAUGUGUUCUCCUCGUGCCGGUAAUGACCCUAAAAGAAGAUCAAGCUCCCGUUUUUGUGGUUUUAAAUGCCAAGAACCUUCAAGAAAUUUGCAGGUACACAAUCCCGACCGACCGGCUCCCUCCAGCUUUCCAUUCCCUAUAUCUCUCU